CAAAAGUCAUCGUCGGUCACCGCAGGCUGCUCGAGUAGCUUGUAUUCACUUUAGACCUCUACCUCUUAAAGACCCAGAGAUGCCGCCAAAAAACAAGGGGAAAAAAGGAAAGAAAGCAGACGACGACGACUACUGGGCUAAUGCUGGAGAAUCCGUCACCGACAAUAAUCUAGCCACCGCCGCAGGUGAUGCAUCAGCCGAUGACUUUGGAUUCGGGGAAAAACCAGGCGGCGGAUUUGCAGCCCUUGUGACGGACGGAGGGGGAGCACACGAGGAGGAAGAGGAUUUCGGUGGACUUAUGUCCGCAAUCAAAGCCUCCUCGAAGAGCAAGAAGGACAAGAAGAAGGCAAAGAAGGAAAACAUUCCAAUCGAUGUCGAUGAGGAACCUCAUGACGAAGCAGAACCUUCUGCGUCCAAAAAACCCGUCGAAAUGACAGCGGAAGAUCUUGCUGAGGAGGAGUGGGGACCGGUGAAAGAGAAGGGCAAGAAGGGCAAGAAGGGCAAAGACAAGAGAGGCAAGGCGGGAGACCCUGCUCAAGAGGAGGUGCAGGAGCCAACACUGCCAUCCAAAGCAGAUGACACUGAAUCUUCAUCCAAAAAGCCCGGCGAAAUGACUGCUGAUGACUUAGUCGAUGCAGAGUGGGGACGAUCGGCGAAAGAGAAAGGGAAGAAAGGAAAGAAGGGAAAAGAGAAGGAGGAGAAAGCUGAAGAGCUUGGCGAUGAUGGCGAAGAGCACGAAGCGCCGCCUGCUAAAGCUGAUGUUGCAGCUAAAGAAGUCCCAGCUCCUGCUGAGGAAAACAAUGACGAGCUUGGAGAAGACACCGGUGAGGUCAAAAUAUUAUCGAAGAAAGAGAAGGAGAGGUUGAAGAAGGAGAGGGAAAAGGCGAAGAAGAAAUUACAGGCUGCGGCGAAGAAAGCUACUGGGGUGGAUGCAGUAAAACCAUCGACACCCGAGCCGGUGGAAGACGAUGAAGAAAAGGACGAAGAUGGUGGUAAAGCUGACUCCAAGAAGAAAAAGAAAAAGAAAGCGAAAAAGGAUGAAGACUCGACUCCUGCUCCUGCGGCAUCAACAAAAAAGAAGGCCGGUAUAAGUGCCCUGAAGGCAAUGAUGGAGGAGAAAAAGCGUCUCGAGGAGGAGGCGAGGAGAGCUGAAGAGGAGGAGCGGAAACGGCUUGAGGAAGAAGAGAGGAAGGCUGCGGAGGAAGAGAAACGGAAAGAAGAAGAAAAACAACGGCGUAAAGAGAAGGAGAAGGCUAAGCGGGAGUUGGCGAAGAAAGAGGGUCGACUUCUAACCAAAAAACAGAAGGAGGAAAGAGCGAUGGCUGAAAUGAGAAAGCAGGCACUGUUGGCGUCUGGUGUUCAAAUCGAGGGCUUACAACAGGGCAGCGGGGCAUCUACAUCCAAGAAAGUCGUUUAUGGCAAUCGGAAAAAGAAACCACUUGGCAAUAAGGAUUCGUCCCCUGCUCCCGAAUCUCGCCCGAGGUCUCCUGAACCUGCUGCGCCUGGUGUUGAAGAUAAGCCUCAGGAAUCCGAACCUUCUGUUGCAGAACUUGUCAAAGAUGAAUGGGAUGCUACUAGUGAGGAAGAAACGCCGCAGACUCAAGAGAGUGUCAAGGAUUCGUGGGAUGCGUCAAGUGACGAAGAAAAGGAAACAAAACCCGGACCUGCGCCCCCGACUAAGGUUAAAACCUCAGAGCCUAAUGGGAAAGCUAACGCUUCAGAGGCGAAAUCACCGAAGGCUGCAGCCAAGCCCACUCCUCCGAAGGCUACUCUUGACGACGAAUCUUCUGACUCAGAAGAGGAGUAUUCAGUUGAGGACGAAGAUUCGUCAGAGGAAGAAUCGAGCGACGAAGAACUUACGCAAGCCCAGAAAAUGGCCGCUCAACGUAAAGCUGAAGCCGCAGAGAGACGGGCAAAAGCCCACGAAGCAGCUCUCGCUGCGCGUAGCAAAGACGACCUCCGAAGUCCGAUCUGUUGUAUCCUAGGACACGUUGAUACAGGAAAGACGAGUCUCCUUGAUAAGAUCCGUCAAACCAACGUACAAGAGGGAGAGGCUGGUGGUAUCACACAGCAGAUUGGCGCUACCUAUUUCCCUGUUGACGCUAUCAAGACCAAAACCCUUGUUCUCAACAAGGACGGCAAACAAGAAUACAAGGUUCCCGGUUUGCUAGUUAUCGAUACUCCUGGGCACGAGUCAUUCACCAAUUUGCGUUCGCGUGGAAGUUCCCUCUGCAAUAUCGCUAUUCUGGUCGUGGAUAUUAUGCAUGGUUUGGAAGCUCAAACACUUGAGUCGCUCCGCUUGUUGCGAGAUAGGAAAACACCUUUUAUUGUCGCGUUGAACAAGGUUGACCGUCUGUAUGGAUGGCAAGCUACCCCGGACGGUGCCUUCCAAGAGUCUUUGGCCAAGCAGGCUCGCCCGGUUCAACGAGAGUUUGAGGACCGCGUAAAGAAGACGAUCCUCGCAUUUGCAGAGGAGGGUCUCAACGCGGUCCUUUACUACGACAACAAGAAUUUCGCGCGGAAUGUGUCACUGGUGCCCACGUCUGCCUUUACGGGAGAGGGUGUACCUGACAUGAUCAUGUUGGUCGUCAACCUCACGCAACAGCGGAUGAGCGACCGUCUGAUGUACCUUGCAGAGUUGGAAUGCACGGUAUUGGAAGUCAAAGUCAUCGAGGGCCUAGGAACGACGAUUGAUGUUGUUCUCUCGAAUGGAAUCCUCCGGGAGGGAGACAAAAUUGUCGUGUGUGGUCUGAAUGGUCCAAUCGUUACUCAAGUUCGUGCGCUGCUCACGCCUCAACCACUUCGUGAAUUACGGAUCAAGUCUGCAUACGUCCAUCACAAAGAAGUCAAGGCGGCCUUGGGUGUAAAAAUUGUUGCCCCAGAUCUUGAAAAGGCUAUUGCCGGUUCUCGACUUCUUGUUUGCGGACCUGACGACGACGAAGAUAAUCUUCGAGAUGAAAUCAUGUCUGACCUUACGUCCUUACUUAACAGUAUCGAUAAGUCGGGCCGUGGGGUCUGUGUGCAGGCCUCGACGCUUGGAUCUCUUGAGGCCUUACUGGACUUCUUGAAAGUCAGUAAGAUUCCUGUGUCUGGGAUCAAUAUCGGACCCGUCCACAAGAAAGACGUCAUGCGUGCCGGUACGAUGCUGGAGAAAGCGAGAGAACUUGCUUGCAUUCUCUGUUUUGACGUCACUGUCGAUAAGGAUGCUGAACGUAUGGCGGAAGAAAUGGGGAUCAGGUUGUUCAGAGCGGACAUUAUCUACCAUUUGUUCGACAAAUUUACUGCUUAUAACAAGGAAAUCACGGAAGCCAAACGGAGAGAUGCAGCACCGCAGGCUGUGUGGCCUUGCCGACUAAAGAUCAUCGCCGCCUUCUGCAAACGAGACCCCAUCAUUCUUGGGGUCGAUAUUCUAGAUGGUACACUAAGGGUUGGAACACCUCUUUCCGUUGUCAAGAUUGAUCCAACAACUCAGAAAAAGGAAAUUAUCGACCUUGGCAAAGUCACCUCUUUGGAAAUCAAUCACAAAACUCAUGACGUCGUCAAGAAGUCACAGGCGGGCGGUGGUGUCGCAGUGAAGAUUGAACAUGCCGUUUAUCAGUCGGCAAAGAUGUUUGGACGACACUUUGACGACAAAGACGAGAUUAUCAGCCAUAUAACACGGCAAAGUAUUGAUGUGCUCAAGGUGUCCUUCCGAGCUGAUGUUACCAAUGAGGAGUGGGCAUUGAUCAAAGCUCUUAAACCUCGGUUUGGAAUUCAGUGAUACCUUAUGUACUGUGUAUUUGCAACGCAAGUAGAUAGGGGUGUCGGGUGAGGUAUUGAAUUGUGAUAGUAGUGAUAAGAAUUUGACAUGACGCAGAAGGCCGCGAAAUCACGUGGUUUGGCGAUCUUCUCGUUAGGGUUGCGUCAGUUUGGUCCACCGGUGGUAAGUUCCGGCGGGGGUCCGGGCGGGUAACUAUGGUCACAUGAUCUCAAAUAUUGCCAAAAUUUUCUUUGUGCUGCGCGCAGAUUCUCCUCUACUACAAUACUACUUAGUACUGAGUGCCUAGAAAGCAAGGCCAAAGUCUUGGUUUUCAUUUACUAGUUCCAGCCUUUUCUUCCGAAGCUCCUCUGCGGUCACAGUCACAUCCCUGAAUAUCCGGAA